AGACACUAUAGUUGGCCGUGUACACGGGCGGGCGUACCAUGCGGUUCCCGCUAUCUCUACUUGGGUUUGCCCAAGUCCCUCUCGAGCAACCACAGCCUGCAGGCGAGAUGAGCAUCGUCAGUCCGGUCCCACCUCCGGACUUCAGCUUCAAGGAAGGCGUCGAUGUAUUCUCGCCCAAGGAUCUCGUCGAGUUAGCCAGACCGGGCACAGCAGCGGCCAACGAUGCUGGCGAUCUCGUCCUUGUACCUGUCAGCAAGUUCUCGCUCGAGGAGAAGAAGAAUAACAAGACCAUUGUUAUUGCCUCCGUGGACUCGACGGUGCAGCCUCUGGAAAUACCACUGGCCAGGGGGGGUACGGCAUUCUGGUUGGACUCACGUACUGUGGGCCAUGUCUUUUCCCCGGAAGAAGGGAAACCUCAGGAGCUCUAUGCGAUCUCCGUUAAGUUCGAAGCGGAGUCUAAUAUUCUAUCGACACCGGAUCCCCCAGCACCGGUUGGGGAAUUCCCGACUUCUACCUCUGCCAACUUCCAAUACUCUUCUGACUCAGGCAUCUUGGUCUUCUCUGACGAAGUUUAUGCAGAUGGGCAGCUGGAGACGGUCAAGGCACAGGAUGAGGCUUGGGAGAACCGAGGCAAUACGGCCUUGGUCUACGAUAGCACAUACGAGAGGCACUGGGACCAUUGGAUCGGGCCUAAGAAGUCCUCUCUAUUCUCCGUUUCCUUGUAUCUGGCUCCCGGAAACAAAUGGAUAAUGGGGAGGACGUUCCUGAACAUCUUGAAGGACACAGGCCAUCACGUCCCUGUGGAACCGUUCGGAGGGACGGACGACUUUGACAUAGGCCCUGACCGCAUUAUUUACACGACGAAAGCCCCGGAUCUGCCGGAAGCCUGGCAUACGAAACAAAACGUCUAUAUAGUAGCCGUUUCGGGAGCAGAGAAGCCCCGGGAGUUAACCUCUGGGAAGCAAGGGGCGACGCAUAGUCCCGUCUGGUCAAAGCAGGGAAACAAAGUUGCCUGGCUCGAACAAGAUAAGGACGGCUACGAGUCCGACAGAUCCAAGGUCGUCGUAUAUGACCUCGAGAAAGACGUGCGGUUCACUAUCACACAGCACUGGGACCGGUCGCCCGACUCCAUAGUUUUUUCGAAGUCGGGCAAGUCAAUCAUUGCUACCGCGGGUGACAGGGCCAAGAUCAAAGUCUUCAUUUUGCCUGUUCCGCCGACCCCUUCGGCAUCGUCUGAACAUCCUGCACUUGGCCGGCAAUACACGAAAGAUCCUGUGCCACUCAUUGAGAGCGGAAGCUCUGGAGGGCUUCAGAUCGUCGGGGAAGGGCGUGUCAUCUUCACUAGGAGCUGCAUGACGAGUCCCAAUGAUGUCUGGGUAGUCAAAAAAAAUCUGGAUAAACUGGAGGAUAUGUUGCACGAAGACGCUAACGCUACCCGCUCGGAACUGCAAUCAGUUGUGCAGGCGGAACAGAUCACCCGUUUCACCGGUGAUGCCCUGUCAGGGAAGACCCUCCACCCUGGCUCGGAAUUCUACUUCGAAGGUGCUGAAGGGAAGCAAGUGCAGGGCUGGCUCCUGACACCUCCCGGCUUUCAGAAGGGCGUUGACAACAAGAAGUGGCCAGUGGUCAUGCUUAUUCAUGGCGGUCCACAAGGCGCUUGGGAGGACCAGUGGAGUACGAGAUGGAAUCCUAAUGUGUUCGCCAACCAGGGCUACGUAGUUGUCGCCAUGAAUCCCACAGGUUCCACCACGUUUGGCCAAGAAUUUACGGACGCCAUAACUGAAGACUGGGGCGGCAAACCGUUCGUCGAUAUGCAGAAAGGGUGGAAAUACGUGCUGGAACACUUCCCCGAGAUUGACUCGAACAGGGCCGUCGCUGCAGGGGCCAGCUGGGGCGGCUAUGCUAUCAACUGGAUACAAGGUCAUCCCGAAUAUGGAUUCGGUUUCAAGGCACUUUUCUGCCACGACGGCGUCUUCGAUUCCAUUUACAACGGCUACUCUACUGAUGAGUUAUUCUUCUUUAAUCAUGACUGGGGCAGCGCUCCGUAUGAAUCCAAGGCAAGAGAGCUGGCUGAGAAAUUCAGCCCGGUCAAUUUCGUCCACAAAUGGUCGACCCCCCAAUUGACGGUUCACGGUAGCAAGGACUAUAGAUUGCCCGAGACAGACGGGAUCGGUGCUUUCCAUGCCCUUCAGGGGAGGGGUAUACCCAGUCGGCUGGUUAUUUUCCCCGAUGAGAACCAUUGGGUCCUCAACCACGGAAAUAGUUUGAAAUGGCACUACGAAGUUUUCAGGUGGUUUGACAAGUACGUUGGAAGGAAAGAUUGAGCAUUACGUGGCCCUGGCUUACGUCGUGUUUGUAACUAUGUAUGUAAUUACAAUAGUAUCUCUGAAUCCGAGCUCAAUGGCCCUA